AUGUAUAUUUCGCCCUCUGAGUACCCACGCGAAGUGUCAGACAGGUCUCGCAACCGCGAGGUCAUUGAAGGACCCGCUCGGAGUUGUGGAUAA